GUCAAAUAAAAGAGUUAACAGGAAGUUUGCUUACUAAAUGGGACUGAAUUAUAUUGAAUUGCAGAAUCACAUUCCAGAACAGUAGAGGUUAGGGGCGGAGUCUCAGGUGAGCAGGUGUAUAAAGGUACCGCUGGUAAAAGAGUAAGGCAAAAGCGGGACAAGUAGACUGAACAAAGUCUAUAGGGAACCUGAGAACAGCUUGUGAAGAUGCAGAAAGGAUUGUUGUCUGUACUCUUGGUCCUGGUGACCUUUUCCUCCACAAUGGAAGGGAAGCUAGAUAAGACCACUGAAAAGAAAGAGAAGAGGGUUCCUCAGACUCUCUCAAGAGGUUGGGGUGACCAGCUGAUCUGGGCACAGACGUAUGAGGAAGCUCUAUUUUGGUCACGCUCCAAGAACAAACCCCUGAUGGUCAUUUUUCACUUGGAGGACUGCCCACACAGCCAGGCUCUGAAGAAGGCCUUUGCUGAGGAUAAAGACAUCCAGAAUCUGGUCGAUGAGGAAUUCAUCAUCUUGAAUUUGGUGUAUGAGACCACAGAUAAGCACUUGUCUCCUGAUGGCCAGUACGUUCCAAGAAUCCUCUUUGUUGAUCCCUCCAUGACUGUUCGAGCUGACAUCACUGGCCGCUAUUCCAACCGCAUGUAUGCCUAUGAGCCGGCUGACAUGAAACUCUUGUUAAGCAACAUGCAAAGAGCAUUAAAGCUUUUGAAGACAGAGUUGUGAACACAAAGGCAUGGCCUUUUGUCUGCAGAGAGGAUAUUACUUCCCUGAGGGUUACUUUUAUUCUGUCAUUUGUUUACUGAUGGCCAGAGACGCACUGUAAAGCCCUGUACAAAUGUUAAACUCGUUCUUUGAAUAGAUUCAGUUACCUUCAGGAUUCCAUUUUCAUUUAUUGUAUUUCAAUGUUUUGUUUUGUUUUUGGAAAAAAUGAAUUUGUCUGAAAGCCAGUUCUCAUUGUAAUGUGUUAAAACAGUGAAUUGCAAUGAACUGUGACUGCCGUGACUAGGUUUUCUAGUUAACGGAGUCUCCGGCUCAUAUCUUGGUGGGAGGGGCCUUUAUAACUGGCAACAUGUUUUCAUGAGUCACCGUGUUGCUUGGUUAUAUGCUAGCAUUUGACCGUGUUGGUUUCUGAUUGGUCAGAGGUUGGAGGAAGUUGCUGUCAUGAAAUACUCUCUUGGAAUGGAAUUUCAGACAAUAAAAGCCUCAAUCAUAAGCAUUGUGGAAGCCCAACAAUAAUAAAAUCAGGGAAAGUACAA